UUUUCUACGAAAGUCGGACAUUCACUCCUACGCAGUAGGGCUUAUUCUAGUUCGGUCGCCGGUGGUUCAGCGAAAUGGGAAGAGACAAGGAUGGUUCUCCGCCGGAGAAAAGGAAAUAUGCGGCGGAUGACAGAGAGCGCAGAAGAAAAUCAUCUCCGGAAAGUUCUGGCGGCGGUGGCGGCGGAGGCAAGGGAUCCGGAAGGGAAGAGGUAAAGCGUCGGGAAGGUAGGAGGAGGAGAAGUAGAGACGACGAUGAAUCUGGCUCUGCCUCCGGUUUGGAGAAUGAUACUGAAUCUGGGUCGGAAGAAGAAGAGCGACGUAGGAGUAGAAAGGCGAGAGGGAAGAGGAAAUCGGACGGGAGAGCUCGGAGAAGGCGCGACCGGGACGACAGCGACGACUAUUCGAGUAGCGGGUCGGGUACGGAUUCGGAGUCGGAUUAUUCGGAUUCCGAGGAGAGCGAGAGUGAGGAGGAGCGGAGGAGGAGGAAGAGGAAGAGGAGGGAAAGGGAGGAGAGGGAAAGGAAGAGAAAGAAGAGAGAGAAGGAGAAGAGGUCGAGGAGGAGAGAGAAGGAGGAUGAGAGAGAGAAGGAGGAUGAGAGAGAGAGGAGGAAGAAGAAGGAGAGGAAGAAGAAGAAGAAGUUGGAGAAAGGGAAGAAAGGAGCUGUCACUAAUUCCUGGGGAAAGUAUGGAAUCAUCAGAGAAACUGAUAUGUGGAACAAACGACCAGAGUUCACCGCAUGGUUAGCUGAAAUAAGACAGGUAAACUUGGAAAGCCUUCCCCCUUGGGAGGAGAAGAAAAUGUUCAAAGAAUUUAUGGAGGAUCACAACACUGCUACGUUUCCCUCCAAAAAAUAUUAUAACAUUGAUGCUUAUGAAAGGCGUAAGCUUGAGAAGGAGAUGAAGAAGGGUUUCAAGAAGGUGGUUCAGACUGAGCGUGUCGUGUUCAAUGACGAGGAACAGCGCCGGUUAGAGCUGCAGCAAGCACGUGAAAAGCAGAAGGAAGAAGAAGUGAUAGCUUUAAAGCAAGCAAUGGAGGGUGGAAUGGCGCAAGCGAUGAGGGACCAAGCUCGGCUGAAAGAAGAAAUGGCGUAUCUGUACAAGAUUGGCAACAUCGAGGCAGCGGCUGCUAUCCAGAAAAGGUUGGACCCAGAUGUUCCCAUGUGAUGAUGCUGAAGACGGAAAACAAGAACAGAAGAAGAUCCUGCCUUGACUUUCUCUUUGAGAUUAUCCCCUUCUUCUGCCCUCGACUAAGAAUGAAUAGUUUGUGCACCGGCUGUCUUUUAAAACUUGUUGGACCAAACACGUCAUCAUCUUCCUAAAAGCAUUUGUUACAUAGUUACAUUCAUAAGCUCUGUGUUGUUGUUGUUUUGGUUUACGGUAUCCGAAUUUUCUAGCACGAGACACGGGUAUCCGAAUGUUCUAGCGCACCA